AUAUAUUGGCACUACGUGAUAUUCGAGUUAAAGUACCACAUGCUGUGCGUCGUGGCCAAAGAAUAACCAUGAAAUGUCACUAUGACAUUGAAGACGAUACCCUGUAUUCGGUGAAAUGGUACAAAGGUAGACGGGAAUUCUAUAGCUAUACACCGAAUGAGAAUCCAGCAUUGAAAGUUUUUCAAAUACCAGGUGUACGAGUUGAUCGCCACUCGUCCAAUGAAACGCAAUUGGUAUUGGAAUCUGCCAGCAUGGCAACGGCUGGCAAAUAUUCAUGUGAGGUAUCAGCCGAUGCUCCAUCUUUUCAUACUUUAAUCGCUGCCGCUGAAUUGGAGGUUGUUGAAUUGCCCCACAAUCCGCCUGUUAUCACGGGAAUGCGUGCACGUUACCAUGUCGGUGAUAUAUUACGCGGCAAUUGUACAUCACGACACUCGAGACCAGCAGCAAAUCUCACAUGGACAGUGAAUAAUGAAGAG